AUGCAGAUCAAGACGGAAAAGGGCAAGGUAGAACAGGCUUAAACUGGGCCGGGUAGGACAGGGUUGGACUGGAUUGGGCAGAACAAGAUUGGGCUGGAUUGGAAAGGACAGGAUUGGACUGAACUGGGCAGCACAGGAUUGGACUGAACUGGGCAGCACAGUAUUGGACUGAACUGGGCAGCACAGGAUUGGACUGGAUUGGGCAGGACAGGGUUGGACUGGAUUGGACAGAACAAGAUUGGGUUGGAUUGGACAGGACAUGGUUGGACUGGACUGGGCAGCACAGGGUUGGACUGGACUUAGCAGCACAGGAUUGGAAUGGAUUAAGCAGGACAGGGUAG